UUAAAGAUGUAUAUAUAAAGAUAACAUACAUGUACCGUUAACAUCCAAACGAAACAUUUUGGUGUGAUAUCAAGGUCUGAAGAUGAAGGUCAUAUUAGUUUUAGUGCUUCUACAUGGAUGUCUGUGUUUUGAGGAUUCAUCCACGUCCCAAUCACACCUUCAAGAGGAAGUAUGUUCAAUACAACACAAGGAAAUGGGCUCAAUUAUGCGUGAAUUCUCGGGGCUUUUGAAGAUAAAGGUAGGAAGAAUGGUAAUUGAUUGGUCAAAGAUGGUUCCACCACCACCACCACCACCACCACUUCCUUACAUUGGACAUGACUAUAUACAAUACAUGCGGAGGAGGAGAAGGAGGUCGUCCGAUCCUUACCCAUUGAUCCCUAUCUUCUACAACAAACACCCUACCAAGCAUACCGAUUGUAACAAAAAAUUCAAUGCUGAAAUCAUAAAGGUUUUUCAAAAAUACCCAUCGUACACGACAAAGCUAAAUCAACGGGAUAUAAUCGCCGUUUUUGGUUCAGACAUGCUCCAAGAGAACACGGAGUUUUUCGCCACAGUUCAACUUGGAGCAGUUUCAUGUGGGGAUGCAUGGAAGGUUUUGAGUGCUCGGAAAUGGGAUGAUCUCAGCUCCUAUCAAAGAGAUCUACUAAACGAUGGAACGUAUUUACAGAACUGUGGUAGUGAUACAACGGUCCUCCAGGAGUGUUUUAAACCACCUGCAAACCGUCAAUCCUCACUCGACAAGUAUGCUACCUGCUCCGACAGAUUAUCGUAUUGUGAAACAUUCCCUGACAAAACACCUGCAAAGCUCGAGAAAAAAAAUCAACGGGAGUUCAAUUCUUGUCUCAACAAUGUGAAAAUUAUAACACCAGAGCCUCUGACAGGACCAGUGGCAUAAUGAGUCCUUUAGAACUAUUGUAGGCAUUUUCCCAGUUCUAAAAAUGGUUCCUGAAAAUACUUGUCAUUGUGUGCAAGAAUUGCACAUUCAACAAGAUCAGUUGAAUAAAAUUCACACAAACGGUCA